CGCAAUAACAAAGUAGCUUCUUUGGCCUUUCGGAGAUCCCUCCCUUGACAACGCCGUGCAUCUGCAUCAUGUGGAUUCUUGAGCAACUCGCCCGUCUUCUUGACCGUCCGCUCUUCCCAUGGAAGAACGUUCUCGUGGGGUUCUCCCUGGGUCAGUUCGUCCUUGAGGGCCUCCUUUCUCUCCGACAGUACAAGGUUCUCCAGAAGACAAAGGCCCCUAAGGUCCUCGAGGGCGAGGUCACCCAAAAGGUCUUUGAUCAAAGCCAGGCGUAUGGUCGCGCCAAGGCUAAGUUCGGCUUCGUUUCCGGUCUCUACGGUCAAAUCCAGAAUCUCGUUUUCGUCUACGGCGAUGUCCUCCCCAAGCUCUGGGGCGUCGCGGGCUUCGUGCUGGCGCGGUACUUCCCCGAUCGUUUCCAGGGCGAGAUCUCGCAAACGCUUGUGUUCAUCUUCGGUUUCAACAUUCUCAGCACCAUCCUCUCGCUCCCGAUCUCCUACUACAACACCUUCGUACUGGAGGAGAAGUUCGGUUUCAACAAGCAGACUCUCAAGCUUUGGGUGACGGACAUGCUAAAGGGUCAGAUGCUGGGCAUCGUUUUGGGAGCUCCGAUUAUCAGUGCCGUGCUCAAGAUUGUCCAGAAGACUGGUAACUCUUUCUUCUACUACCUCUGGCUUUUCGGUGUCUUCGUCCAGGUCUUCGCCAUUACUAUCUACCCCAUUGCUAUUCUGCCUUUGUUCAACAAGCUGUCCCCUCUGGAGCCUGGCGAGAUCAAGACUGGUGUGGAGAAUCUUGCCAAGAAGCUCAAGUUCCCUCUCUCGGAACUGCACGUCAUCGAUGGCAGCAAGCGUAGUGCCCACAGCAAUGCUUACUUCUACGGUCUGCCCUGGAAGAAGCACAUUGUCAUCUACGACACCCUGCUUGAGAAGAGCCAGCCCCAGGAGGUCGUCGCCGUCCUGAGUCAUGAGCUAGGUCACUGGAGUCUGAGCCACACCACCAAGCUCUUUGGCAUUGCUCAGUUCCACAUGUUCUACAUAUUCGCCCUGUUCUCCGUCUUUGUCAACAACAAGUCUCUCUACCAAUCUUUCGGCUUUGUCAAGGAGCAGCCCAUCAUGAUUGGUUUCCUUCUCUUCUCGGAUGCUCUCGCACCCAUGGACGCCGUUGUGAAGCUCCUGAUGAAUAUCCUAAGCCGCAAGUUCGAGUUCGAGGCCGAUGCCUUCGCUCAGGGUCUUGGGUACACCAAGGAACUCGCUUCUUCUCUACUUAAGCUGCAGAUCCAGAACCUGAGCACCAUGGAUGCGGACUGGAUGUAUGCUAGCUAUCACUACUCGCACCCCAUUCUGACCGAGCGUCUCGCUGCUCUUGGCUGGAAGGGUGGCAGGGUUACCGAGCUCAAGGCAGAGGACAGUGAGCAGCCAGUCAAGGCUGCGGAUCGCGAGCUGUAGAUGUCGACAGCGCGGGGGCAAUGCAGUGACCAUAUCACGACGGAUUUUUUUUUUUGCCAUACAUGGUGGGUCAUAUAUAGGAGUGGGUUUUUAGGGAAGCAAAAAAGCUCGAGGCUUCCAUCAUGAUUCGGAUUGGGCCAUUCCCGAGGUUUGGCACCACCCUGUCUAUUGGGGUAAAAUAACGCUUUUUUGCAUCCAGGCAAUGAAAUGCAUGCAGUUCUCACGUUCCCAAAACCAGAAAUAUUUCCAGUAACAGGGGGGGAAACGUGUACCAGGAAGGGGUAAUCAAGUAAAAAAAGGGAAAAAGAAGAAAGAAAAACUCCGACCCAAUGCGACAACGCCCAUAGCUCAAAGAUCCCAGCCAAACAGAAAAGCAAUCGAUCCUAGUCAACCUCCUUCUUGGCCUUAGCCUUCUUCUCUGCCAAGCGUCUCUCCUUCUUCAACCUCUUACGCUCUUCCUUAUCAACAGCUGCCAACUGCUCCUCCUGUUCAGCAAAGGCCUCCGCCUCAGUCUCCAUCUCCACGUCUCUCAUCUCCAGAUCAUCCUUCUCGCCUUCACCCUGCUCCUCCCCAUUCUCAAGUUGAUUGGUCGAAGCGCCCGCCGCGGGAAUAUCCAGGUAAUCCUCGCCGGGAUUCUGCUUCUGGACAGUAAGAUCGCGACCUAGGACUUCACCGGCCAGACCGGCCUGCACGCGCUUCAGAUUGUGGAGGAUCAAGUUUGGCGCGGCGGAGGUUGUGCGGGAGAUGGGACCGCUCUCGUUGAUGCUGGCGUUUGGCUGGAGGGAGGCAUCGGUUCGUGCACGCUCCAGGUACAUGGCCAGGAACUCGUGGGCCUCGGAUUGGGAGAUUGGCUUGGUGGUGAGCACCGUGGUCGGCGGGAGGGCGACGGGGCCUUGAGCGCUCAUUUUGAGGGGCGAGGGUGGUCAAUGGCCGGUUGUUGUGGCGAAUUGAAGGUCUUUAUAUAGACACUGGAGGCUGUGUCUGGAGGUUGGACCAGGAAUAGCGUAGAUGGAGUCCGGAGAGAUCUUUGGACCAAGUCGUUGGUGAAGUAUCGGCGCAUUUGCGACAGAA